GCUCUGGGGAGGCGAUUGCGGCUAUACACAUGGGCAGAGGAGGUGUCCAUCGCGGCUUCCUCCCAGCUGCUGGGGGCUCUUCGCUUCCCCGCUGCAGACUGCACCUGCUGUAUGAACUUGGCGUUCCUUCAGCGGCAGCUUCCGUGACCUCCAUUCCACCCAGUUCUAACGUCAGCCUUAUGGCUGCUACAAGAGUCUCGUGACCGCCAGAGGGAAGCUUCCUGCUGCCAGUGCCCUGUUCAAGCAGAUUGACUGUCGUUCUCACAGGAUGGCAGCUCUUGGUCUGUCUCCCACGUGCGCUGUGACCACCCGGGACCCUGUCUGUAUCCAGGAGUCACAGAGUCCUCCUUCCAAAGACCAUUCCUGCCCCCAGGAUGUGGACCUGUUCACUUGCAGUGGCCUGGAGCCUCCUAUGCCAACCAGUGUGGGUUCUCAGGAGUCAGUGACUUUCCAGGAUGUUGCCGUGGACUUCACUGAGAAGGAAUGGCCCUUGCUGGACUCUUCUCAGAGAAAACUGUACAAAGAUGUGAUGUUAGAGAACUACAGCAACCUCGCCUCAGUGGGGUAUCAGGUGGGCAAACCCAGCCUCAUCUCCCACUUGGAGCAAGAAGAGGAGCUGAGGACAGAGGAGAGGGGACUUCACAGAGCCUCAUGUCCCGAUUGGGAGACUCCAUCUAAAAGCAAGUGGUCCAUUCUCAUGCAAGACAUUUUUGGGAAGGAAACAUCCCGUGCUGUGACAGUGGAAAGAACGCGUCUGGCGGAGAAACCCGCCGAGUACACUCACCUGUUUGAAGUCUUCAGCAUGGGCACUCCCCUUACCCAGCAGAUGGGAAGGCACCCUGGCAAGAGGCCCUAUCAUCGGCGGGACUGUGGGGCGGCCUUUAAGAACAGGUCACAUCUAACCCAGCACGUGAGCGUUUACAACGGCCGAAAAAUGCACGAAUGCCACCAGUGCCAAAAAGCCUUCACGACAAGCGCUUCCCUCACGCGGCACCGGAGGAUCCACACAGGGGAGAAGCCCUACGAGUGCAGCGCCUGCGGGAAGGCCUUCAAUGAUCCCUCCGCCCUUCGGAGUCACGCGCGAACUCACCUCACGGAGAAGCCCUUCGACUGCAGUCAGUGCGGAAAUGCCUUCCGAACCCUCUCGUCCCUGAAGAUACACAUGAGAGUUCACACCGGCGAGAGGCCGUACAAGUGUGAGGAGUGUGGGAAGGCAUACGGCAGGAGCUGCCACCUCAUUGCGCACAAACGGACCCACACUGGAGAGCGGCCGUACGAAUGUCACGACUGUGGGAAAGCCUUCCAGCAUCCCUCUCACCUCAAAGAGCAUGUCCGCAAUCACACUGGAGAGAAACCCUAUGAGUGCACGCAGUGUGGGAAAGCCUUCCGAUGGAAGUCGAACUUCAACUUGCACAAGAAGAACCACAUGGUGGAGAAAACGUACGAGUGCAAAGAAUGUGGGAAAUCCUUCGGCGAUCUCUUGUCCCGGAGGAAACACAUGAGGAUUCAUAUCGUGAAGAAACCCAUCGAAUGUAGACAGUGCGGGAAGGCGUUCCGAAACCAGUCCAUCCUGAAGACGCACAUGAAUUCUCACACCGGAGAGAAGCCGUAUGGGUGUGAUCUGUGUGGGAAAGCCUUCAGCGCGAGCUCAAACCUGACCACGCACAGGAAAAUACACACUCAGGAGAGACGUUACGAGUGUGCUGUCUGCGGUAAGGUGUUCGGGGAUUACUUGUCCCGGAGGAGGCACAUGAGCUCUCAUCUCGUAAAGAAGCGUGUCGAGUGCAGGCAGUGUGGGAAGGCCUUCAGAAACCAGUCCACCCUCAAGACACACAUGAGAAGUCACACGGGAGAGAAGCCGUACGAGUGCGACCACUGUGGGAAAGCCUUCAGCAUAGGCUCAAACCUGAACGUGCACAGGCGGAUACACACCGGGGAGAAGCCCUACGAGUGCCUGGCCUGCGGGAAGGCCUUCAGUGAUCACUCAUCCCUUCGCAGUCAUGUGAAAACUCACCGGGGAGAGAAGCUCUUUGUGUCGUCUGUGUGGAAAAGGCUCCAGUGACGCGUCUUCCUUCAGGGAAACACGACAGCUCAGCCAGGGGGGGAGACCUCACUGGCGUAAGGAAGGCAGGAGCACUUUGAUGAACUCAGCUGGGCACAAAA